AUGGCGUGGGAUAGUUUUCACGAAUCGACUAGAUUCAGAAAAGGUGCUUUCAAGCGUCUCGUCGAAGUUGGCCGAGUUGUUUUCCUAAAUUAUGGCGAUGAUACCGGAAAACUCGCCGUCAUUGUUGACAUAAUUGAUCAUAAUCGAGCACUUGUCGAUGGACCCAGCACUGGAGUUCCUCGUCAUUCUCAUCCAUAUCGACGUUUAACACUCACCGAUAUCGUCAUAGAGAAGUUUCCACGAGGUGCUCGAUCACCCACCGUAAAAAAAUUCUUUGAUAACCAAAAAAUUCUGGAGAAAUGGAAUAAAACUUCAUGGGCAAAGAAAUUGGAGAAUCGGAAAAAGAGAGCCUCUUUAUCGGAUUUCGAUAGAUUCAAACUGCUUAAAUUGAAAAAACAACGUCGUUUCAUUCUUCAAAAAGAGGUUUCCGCAUUAAAGGCCAAAUCUUAG